AUGAUCUCUGGGGUCAAUGAUUACAGCCCCAUUCAACAGCGGGUACCUUUUUAUGACCUUUCCUCACCAGAGCGGGAAGCUGUGGAGGAGUUGUGUCCCGGCAUUAGCACCAGGCGGUACAGCGUGCCUCACAUCACCCUGGCUCCAGGCACCCGGAGACGACCGAGGCACGCAACGAGCGAGCACCCAUCUCGAUGCAGCUUCACGGACCGCGGUCUGGCCAUCGCCCAGCAUGAAAACGGUAAGACUCCGCUUGUCAUUGUAACCUGCACUACUUGCCACAUGUACAGUUUAGCUUCUUCCGUCAGCAUAGAUGGGUUUACAUGUGCUAAGUGUAUUGAAGUAGUAAGGCUGACGGAGAAGGUUGCAGAACUAGAAGCGCGCAUCCGAACGCUAGUUGAGGACAGUAAGACCGCUAAUGUUAAUGUUACAAACACUGUUUCGGGUGCACCUAGUGUUAAGCGUAAUACACUUGGCUCGGUUCCGACUUCAGAGUCAAGGCGGCUGACUAACUGGGUGACUGUCAGGCGGCCUAGUCGCAUUCGGCAUCCAAAUCACGUUCCUGUUUUAAUAUCAAACAGAUUUUCUCCACUCAGCAAUACACCGGCUGAGACAUCUGUUAAAGGUGCCCUGGUUAUUGGAGAUUCUAUACUCAGGAACGUUGGCAUUGAGGCACCAGCCACCAUAGUCGAUUGUAUACCGGGAGCCAGAGCGUCUGACAUUAGAUCCAAACUUAAAGUGCUGGCUAAUGCUAACCGUAAGUUUUCUAAGAUUGUUAUUCACGCCGGCACGAAUGACACCAGACUCCGCCAGUCGGAGAUCACCAAAGAUACUAUUAAAGAGGUGUGUGAAAUUGCAAAAACAAUGUCGGACAAUGUAAUUUGCUCUGGUCCUCUCCCCGCCUACCGGGGGGAUGAAACUUACAGUAGAUUAGUGUCUCUUCAUGGCUGGAUGUCAAAGUGGUGCCCUCAGCAUAACGUAGGGUUUAUAGACAAUUGGAAGCAUUUCCGGGGAAGACCUGACCUGCUAAAGAGAGAUGGCCUCCAUCCGUCUCCGGAAGGAAGUGCUAUACUCUCUAGAAAUCUGACCAAUAGUCUUACUUUUGAUAUUGUCUGACUAUCCAGGGCCCAGGUCAGGAAACAGACAGAUCGGCUUACCAAUCAGUCUGUUAGCUGCCUUGACAUGUCAAGAUCACAUAUAUCCCAGCACAUAGAGCCUUUUUUAACAGAGUACCAACACAUCUCGACUGUGUCUGUUCCUCGAACAAAUAAAUACAGAGCACCGCUUACCUCGUCUCGUACAAAUCUUAUUAACAUAAAACUAGAACAUAAUACAUUAACUGAUGAAACUCAAAUGUUAAAAUUCGGCCUUCUUAACAUUAGAUCACUUACCAACAAAGAACCAAUUAUCAAUGAAAUAAUUACUGACCAAAACUUAGAUGCACUCUGUUUAACAGAAACCUGGCUUAAAGCAGACGAUUACACCAGUUUAAACGAAUCCACCCCACAAGACUAUUAUUGAUUAUUAUAAACAUGUUCCUCGUCUAAUAGGGAGAGGGGGUGGUGUAGC